GAAUAUCAUGGUAAAUCUGAUCCUGUAGAAAAGGCUCAUGAUUUCAGUAACGUAGAAGAAUCAUGGAGCAAUGUUGAUCUAGUUGCGUAUACAAAACUUCAAAAUAGAGGAAUAUUUCCAGAUAUAGAUUCUAUCAUCUGGAAUAAAGACGUACCAACUGUUCGAUUAUGGGUAGCUUAUAUGUUGGAGAAAUUUCGUUCCUGGCGACUAUUUGGUUGGAGAAUGGUCGAUUUUCUCAGAGAGGCAGGUAUGAUAAUUUCCACCAUAGAAUCUAUUCCUAAACCUGGUGAAAAUGAUACAUCAUUAUCUCAAGUUGUGAAGGUGAAUUCUGCUACCGUUAAAGCAGAGGAGAUAUCAGAAAUAACUAAUGCUAUUAUCUUCGAUCAUGAGACUGCUGAAUUAUUGAAAAAUAAGCCAAGAAAGACUUUGGAAGAAAUGAACUCUUUAGACCAGCACCAUAUUGUGAAAUGCUAUCAGAUUCCACCCGAAUUACUAACCGAAGAUUUCAUUUCGGAGUAUGGGAAUUAUAAUCAUAUAAAAUGGUUCAGAGCUUAUAGACAAGUGCGAGAUGCCG